UAAGUAGUAAUAGUAACUAUUUAUUAAAGUAUGAAAUGUUUUAUUUUUCAGGAUUAAUUGGAAUUCUUCAAAAUGCCAGGCAUAGUCCCCACAGCCCCUGAGCAACCUACAGAUGAAAUGGGAAACCAAUUAAAGUCACCUGAUCCAAGGCCUGAUGCCCCUCCAGACUAUAAUUCUCAUUUUGUACCAGGACCCCCUGGAGCAUCUGUUUUUCCACCUGCAGGCUACCCAAGAGGCUUGCCUAUGGGAUAUAAUCCACAGCAGCCCAGUGCCUUCUCGUAUUGCCAGCCAACUAGUAGUACCCAUCCUAUCCAGUACCAGCCUGGCAACUAUCCAGUGCCAAAUAAGCCUGCUUCAAUAAUAUGGAUGCCAGGGCCAACUCUUAUGGCAGACUGCCCUCCUGGUCUGGAAUACUUAAAACAGUUGGACAACAUACAUGUUCUUCAGCAUUUUGAACCUUUGGAAAUGAUAACACAUUUUGAAACUAAUAAUAAAUAUGAUAUUAAAAACAACCUGGACCAGAUGGUGUACAUUGUAACUGAAGACACGGACGACUUUACCAGGAAUGCUUACCGGACACUAAGGCCCUUUGUCCUCCGGGUCUCUGACUUUAUGGGCCGAGAAAUCAUGACAAUGCAGAGACCCUUCAGAUGCACCUGCUGUUGCUUCUGUUGUCCCUCCACCAGGCAAGAGCUAGAGGUGCAGUGUCCUCCUGGCAUCACCAUUGGCUUUGUUAUGGACCACUGGAACCUGUGCCGGGCGGUGUACAGCAUCCAAAAUGAGAAGAAAGAAAAUGUGUUGAGCGUCCGUGGGCCAUGCUCAACCUAUGGCUGUGGCUCAGAUUCUGUGUUUGAGGUCAAAGCCAUCGAUGGUGUCUCUAACAUCGGCAGUAUUAUUAGAAAGUGGAAUGGUUUAAUAUCAGCCAUGGGCCAUGCUGACCACUUUGACAUUCACUUCCCAUUAGACCUGGAUGUGAAGAUGAAAGCUAUGAUUUUUGGAGCUUGCUUCCUUAUUGACUUCAUGUACUUUGAAAGAUCACCACAACGUUCAUCAAGAUAGAUGGACAAAGAAAAUCAGCAUUUAUGGGUUUUUAAAAAGUUAGAAAAGUUGGAUUGGUCUUACAGUUAACCCUCAAUUAUUUGCUUUUGCAGAUUACUUUUAUUUCAUGUUAGCUCCAACAGGCAGCCUGAGAGUGUAAGAAUACAGUCUAAUGUGCAUUUAAGCUGAGAAUCUGUCUCGUUGUCUACUUGGUAUACUAUGAGUUCAUCCUGAAAAAGCUUUAACUCAUUAACCAAGUAAAUGUAGAUAUGAUGAGCUGAAAAACACUUUAACAUAAGACAGUGGAAAAUGAAUCUCAGAGUUCUCACAUUAAUAGGUAAUUGUCAUCAACAUAAUCUCUCACCAACAACAAAUUUGAUUCGAGGUGAAAAGAACAAUAUCCUUCAUCUUAAAAAAAAAGGAAGGCAGGCAGAAAUAUUUUAUUUUAUUGUACAAAGAACAUUUUAUCCGUGCACAUGUAUCAAUGCUUCAUUUUGCAAAAUUUAUAAAAGUUUCAAUGGAAAACUUGAUUUUAUUAUCAAAUAAAACAUUUUUAUCAUAAGGUUUAUGUUUUCCAUGCCUGUCCCCUUGUUCAUGGACAGUUAGGAACUGCCUUAUAUAUGAAAACAAGGUCAGACUAUCCGGGGAAAAAAAGGUGACCAGGGCCACAGCUACUCUAGAUUUCUUAGCAACUUAGAGAUAUCAGUGCCCUUAUAAAAAAGAUUAUAUUUAAUAUUUUUAACCUAUUUUGGUCACAGAUGCCUUUAUAUAUAAAAUAUUCUCAGCCAAAUUUCUAAGACUGCCUAUGGAAUCUUUGUAUCUCCUUUGAUGUAACAGAGGAGAUAACUUUUUUCUUUAAAGAAUAUUCCUGAUAAAAAAUGUGCUGUUUGAAAGGCAAGAGUUGGAGUUUUGUUUUCAAAUUUUAAAAUGUGACAGUCUGAGUAGCACUUUAUAAAAACAAGUACUAUACAUUUUGACACUGCUUACUAUUGUUUUGCUUCUUUUUAAUAGAUAAAUUUGUAUCUAUGCAAAGAUAAUAAAACAAUAAACAAAGGAUAAGUAUAUAAGAUCAAUAUAGUUAAAGUAUAAUUGUACUUAUUUGUUUUAACUAAUUAACAACAUGCUAUGUCAAUGACUACACUGUGAUAAAUCCACUUGCUUUUAUUGCACUUUAGCAGCCUAUCUGGACAUGUACUGUGUGUCUUUUUAACACAGCCAGUACAUACAGUACAUAGAAUGGAAUGUGUUCCUCUGCUUCUUAUUAAAAUAAUAAUAAUAAUAAUAAGCUGAGUGUUCUUAGGUUUGGUUAUUCUGAUAUUACGGUCUUUACCCACAAUUCUUAUUGAAGUGAAAGAAAGCUGCCUAAGUUUUUAAUUAUAUUCAUCUUUUCAUGGCAAAAAUUGUCUACUCAGUUUCUUGUAAUGUUCAUUUUUAUGCAUGACUGCUAGCUUUAAAAAAAAAUUGAAAAACUGCUGCUUUCUAAAAUACUAAUUACCUUGUAUUUGAAAAUGCAGUUGUACUCUUACACAUAUAUAUUGUUUCUUAUAAUAAUGUCUAACAUUUUCUAUAGAACAUAAAAUUGUAUUCAGAAAAU